UUACGGUAAAACCAGUGCCAUCCUGUCAUGUAGUCUGCGAUCAUGUUUGAUGGGUGCGGAACAUUUCCUAUAUGACUGACUUAUGGUGUAUACAAUAGGCUUGGACCUCAUUCUUCACAAAGGGAAGAUGGGAGAGAUCUACAACAUCGGACUUGACAGUGAGCACACCGCACCGCACUGCACAAGCUAAUGGAUACGCUAGUUAGGACAGAGGAGGUUCAAGCGAAGACCGUCUUUAUCAUAACUUUCGGAUUCAACCCCAGGUACAAAGUUAUAUCCAGACAUCGUCAUGUCGCCAUGAUGGUACAAUGUACAUACAGCGUGUUUGCAAUAGCACUGAUGACCACACUGAGGAAGUGAAAUUUGAGACUGUAUAUAUGUAAAACGGGAAUGGCCAGAGACACUACGAUUUCUUUGUAUAAAACCACCGGAUCUAAAGUAAAGUGUAUGCUGGUGAUGCUGGCUCAUUUUCGCAUAUACUUCAACAACACCGGGAUAAAAAUUGGAUAUCUGGCGCCUUAGAGAAUCAGCCCUAUAAGUAUUAAGUAUGGGAGACAUAUCUGGCAUCACAGCCUAUUUAAAGACUACAAAAUACGUCCCAUGCAGUUCCAAAACAGCGUGCAGAAUCCUGACCUACACCAUCAUUACCGCUUUUGCCAUUUCCGCUUUACUCAGCUUUGUGAAAUUAUCCGACUUUUAUACGAAAAUACGGGUGUCGAUUCCCUACCCAAAAGCUGUGGCAAAAAGUCGAUUACAGGAAAGAGAAACCACUACGUAUUCUCUUGCGGCAGUCAUCUCCGCCACGCCCAACAAGCCUAAGGUGAUUCUAUCCUGGCCUCCCGGGCCGGGGUGGGACUUCAUGCACCUUAGAGACUAUGCUAAGCCCGUCUUUAAAUCCAUUGGCUGCAAAGUAGACAACUGCAUCUACACUGAGAAAAAGUCUUUAGCUGAUAAAAGUGACGCUAUUGUUUUCAUAGGCAGAAGUUUGGGAAGUAAACCAAAAAAACUGCCCCAUCAACGGUGGAUAUGGGUAACCCUCGAGAGUUCGUGUUAUACCGAAGCCGCAGAAACCGGAGGUGUUUGGGCAGGGAUGUUUAACUGGACCAUCUCAUUUCGGAGAGACUCGACCUUUUUUCUUCCAUAUGGUCACGCCAAGAAACGAUCGACCCCUCUUACCAAAAAUUUCACCAAAAUUGCGCUCAAGAAAACUAAAAAGGUGGCCUGGAUGGUCAGCAACUGUGGGACACGGGGUCAACGAGAGAGAUAUGUCUCAGAACUUAAGAAAUACAUCUCAGUUGAUGUGUACGGUGCGUGUGGCCCCUUUAAGUGUUCAAAACUCGACAAUGAAAAAUGUUUGGACAACAUUAGCAAUGACUACAAGUUUUACCUGUCCUUCGAGAAUAGUAUCUCAACUGAUUACGUCACAGAGAAAUUUUGGAAAAUGUUCGAUCGAGACAUUGUAACGGUAACGAGAGGUCCGGCAAAUUAUUCAAGGGCUGGAAUAAAACCCGAGUGGCACAUCAAUACGAACGAUUUUAAAUCUCCCAAAGAUUUAGCAGACUAUCUGAAAUACCUGGACAGAAAUGUCACGGCGUAUAUUAAAUAUUUAGAGUGGAAGAACCAGUAUGUUGGACUGUUCCCAAAAGCAGAUGUAUACUGUGAUUUAUGUGCCAAAUUAAACGACCCCAGUGAACCGGUGACAUGGUUCCCGCCGGGACAACUGGCCAAGUGGUUUAUAGAUGGACACUGUAUUCCUCGCAAUGAUUUGAAUUUUAACACUUAA